UCGAUUGGUAGUAAUUAUGAAAUUAUAUCCGUAGUUUUUAUUAGCCAAAUAUCAAGUUGAUUGCAGUAUAUCGUUGACUUCAUUCGGAUGGGAAUGUCCCCAGUUUUCUCGUUCGCGUGACUCACACAAACUUGUAUCGAUUUACAGAUCUAAUACUCGCUUGGAAAGGAUCUAGAAAACGGAAUUAAGGAGACUUGGAGCUGUUAAGCUAGUAGGGAAAUUCUGUAUAAUGGUUGGAUGUUCUUGUGAUACGACCAGAGCGGAUUGAGCUGAAAGGAUAAUACUGGAAUAAGCUACACUUUCCAAUGUAGUACAGUGCUAAAAUAACAUCACAUUGGACUAUACCAACCGAGACCAUCAACAGAGAAAGUGGGAAGAUGGAGAUACCAAAAUGUGAGAUCUGAGGCUAGGCCAUAAACUGUGACACCUUGUGGAGGUUUACGGACAUCAUGCACGUGCAUUUUGAACAAAACACUUCCACAAGAUCAGAAUGUACCAUCCAUACUCUGUCAUGGAUGGGGAAAGUUCCGGAAAGUCUUCCAGAGGAGGAUGGAGGAUGGAAGUUAAAUCGAAGCCAGUAUUAUUCUGAGGGAUGGUUGGCUAGUGGCAAUGCUAAGGGAAUUGUAGGGAUAACUUUUACAACCAGUCAUUGUCGAAAGUAUGACGCUCCACAGAGGUCAAAUUUCAACUUGAGAGGUCACAGAAGUGAGGUGAUCUUGGUGCGUUGGAAUGAACCGUAUCAGAAGUUAGCUACCUGCGACUCUCAGGGAGUGAUAUUUGUAUGGAUCAAACAUGAAGGACGCUGGUCAAUAGAGCUCAUCAAUGACCGAAACAGUCAGGUAACAGACUUUGCCUGGUCACAUGACGGGAGGAUGGCGUUGAUCUGUUAUUGUGACGGUUUUGUGUUGGUCGGGUCAGUGGCUGGACAGCGCUACUGGUCAUCCAUGUUAAACUUGGACAACACCACGAUCACCUGUGGGGUGUGGUCACCUGACGACCAGAAGGUGAUAUUUGGUACAACCGGUGGCCAGUUGAUAGUAAUGAGUUCCACGGGGGCCAUGUUGACUCAGGUCGUAAUCAACGACAGUAUGGAGAUCAGCACCAUGGCAUGGUCCUGUGAGAAAUUCAACAUGGAUGAAUCUGACGCCAAAAGUACGACCACAGACAAUAUCAGCCAUCCCUCUGAAGCCUCCUCAACUAUCGAUAGUAACCAUGUGUUGGCCAUCUGCUUCAAAUACGGAGCAAUUUACCUGAUGUCAAAUUACGAUGACAUUUGUCCACGAGUCGUCCACACUCUACUCACAGGACUGCGGAUGGACUGGUCGAAUUGUGGGGAGAUAUUGGCGGUAGGAGGUUUCAUUCGUCUACCAAAUCUACAAUGCAGGAAUGAGCUACAUUUUUACUCCAGGGAUGGACGUCUUCUUCAUUGGAUCUCAAUUCCAUCUCAGGGGAAACCUUUAACAGCCUUAUGUUGGGGCCACAAUGACAAACGGCUAUUUUUAGCUUCCGGUUUCAAUCUCCAUGUAGCAUGGAUUACCAAGCAGGUGGCGCCACUGCAGUUUUUAUGUCAACGGGUUAUUCAAGAUAAUAUAGCACAAGAAAGAAAGGUUUCCAAGCUACCUCUACCCUCGCGGCUACGGCACAACAUUCAGUCUCUCUUCUCGCCAACUAUAAAGAGUUACGUACCAGAUCCAUUCAAGUUACGAGAAUUUGUUACAUCCACUCCCCCUGGGAAUGAACGUCUGUUCUGUACAAUGGUUCGCCACGGCGAGGAGACAUCUGGCGGCCAUUACACACUGUACCUGGAGUACCUUGGGGGUCUCAUUCCACUUCUGAAAGGCAAGCGGGCCAGCAAACUGAGGCCAGACUUCGUCGUUUUCGACCCAAAGAUUAAAACAAAGACUAAUCCUGAAGCAUCCAAUGGAAACAUUUCGUAUGAGCCUCAAUAUGAAAGUGAAUCCGACUCAGAUAGUGACAUAUCAACAGACGGAUGUGGGUCUCCCAGAAUGCAACGCAAGAAAAGGCCAAAACAGUUCCGGGCUGCCAAAGUAGAACGAUCCAUCACAUUCCGAACCCUGGAUGAGCUUCUCUACAAUGACAGUUUGCCAGAGAGCUCCAAACUGUUGGAAGUGACAUCGAACAUCUGGGGCACCAAGUUCCACAUCACGGGGACGAUGCCGUACCUGCCGGAGGAUCUGGGUCAUAUUCUCUAUAAGACCAGCCUUCUACAUCUCCAGCCGCGACAGAUGACCAUAACCGUCACAGAGAUUCGUAGUGACGGUCAGCUUCUCAGUCGUGACCCCAACUUUUCACCAGCGCGGGCCAUCGAAGAGGAGAGUGAUCAGUCAUCCUUCGAUGAAAUGCUGUAUGAUGGCGGAGACUAUUGCCACGACGAAGGAAUACUCGUUGUCACGGAAACAGCUGUUGCCGGUAACAACAACAAAAAUCAAGUUGUAGUUGAUGUGCUUCCAUCCAAUUCUUCAACCAAUCAGAGUGAAGAUAACAAACCCUUUUUGGACCUGAUGGGUGACAGUUGCGGCAUUAGUAACGUUUUAGUCGGUACUGAGAGACCUUUAAGGACGCCAAACAUGAAAAAUAGGUCGCUGUCACCCGCAACAGAAUCUCUUGCUCAAAACAAUGCCUUCAAUUGUGACUCCAAUUCAGUGCUCAAAGAUAAAUAUGUCGGCCAAGGGGCCAAGCCAAAGGUUAAAAACUUCCCUUUUUCCACAGGAUCUCAAAUGACAGAGGUGAACGUUUCGUCUGCGUCUGAGGAUUGUGGUAAUUCCGAAGUCAGCCCCACUAUGAAUGGUGUUAUGCGAACAAGUUUACAUAACGAAGUUGAACACAUAAUGAAAUACGAUGAGGAAAAUCGGUGGGCAGAUCGUGCCAAUUGUGGGAUUAAAUUUAUUGAUGAUGACAAAGAUUACAGUAAAACUGUGGAGACGAACCACGAAAAUACAGUUAUUUGUGAUUCUAGUCAGCUGACGCCAACGUCAAAUCUCACAUCCGAACAUCAAAAACGUUUGUAUCUCGCAGCAUCAGAAGAAUUACUAAAGGAUGCUGGGAAGGAUGUUUCGGAAUUGUUAUUCGACCGGAGAGAAAGUAUAGAUUCAUUAGCAACAGAAGAUGAUAGCGUUGAUUUCAUGGAUUCCCACACAAACUUGACAGACAAUGAUAGUAUCACUAGCAGUCCUUCUUAUUCACCAAAGUCACACUCAUGCAAUCUCAAGUCCAAAGAUUUCUUCGGUGAUGACAGCUCAGGGCUCCAUAGAGACCCGUUUUCUAUCAGCACUCCUGACUUCGAAAUUAACCACAGUGCAUCACUCCCAGCCUCUCCUAUCCGGAGAAGUCCGAAAGGGGACUCUCCAACUAGGAAACUCCGGGAGGAAGUUCUUAAGGGCAAAUGUAAACAUUACAGUCCUAUAUUUAAACGAAAGUCAAAGUACUCGGCAACACAGAUAGAAAGUUCUGACGAGGAUCUAUCGUCCUCAGUUGAAGAGAUUCGGUUUUCUCACAAUUAUAAGAAUUUAGAAUCAUUCCAGAAAGCUCAAUUUAAACAGAAGUUACGGAAGGUGCGACGGAAGAGUGAGGAGAGGUCAAGUUUUCCACCAAUGGGAAUGCGACAAUUUGUGAUGCACAACAAAGCUCCACUCUGGAAUGAGAACAGUCAGGUCUACCAGCUCGACUUCGGAGGACGGGUCACACAGGAGUCAGCGAAAAACUUCCAGAUUGAGUUCAGAGGUCGGCAGGUUAUGCAAUUUGGUCGGAUAGAUAGUAACGCCUAUACACUGGACUUCCAGUACCCGUUCACAGCUAUACAAGCAUUCGCUGUCGCUCUGGCCAACGUAACACAACGGCUAAAGUGAAAAGGCUCAAAGGAGGAAGUGUAUGGCAAUGCUCUGGCCGACGUAACACAAAGGCUAAAGUGAAAAGGCUCAAAGGAUCUGUAGGAGGAAGGAUGUGACAACGCAUCGACUGAUUGCAAAUUUAGCCACAAGAACUUCUGGACAAUGGUGUGAGGGAUCAAAAUAAGGGGGGCAACUCUGGUGUGAGAGAUCAAAACAGGGGAGACAACUCCAGGUCCUCAUCAUGCAGUUUUCAGUUAUGUGUUAACAGUGUCCAGAUUUGGAAAUGUAUCACCCAGUAGUUAAUGCAGAUGGUUGUUCAAACUACAGUAGGGGGUUACGAUUUAUGUGAUUCUGCUCAACUUAGAGCUUCCUGUAGAGCUCGGUAGAAAGCUGAGCAGGGCUCGUUAUCAGUGCUCGGUAGAAAUUACAUGGUGUCUUUAUGCAUGUAACAUAGACAUGUUAGUAAAAGUUGAAGUAGACAACAGUUGCUGAUGCGGCUUACGUUGACAUACUUUGGUCAAAGUUGUGGAUUAUGACUGUGUUUCAGUGUAGCAUUCCCUGAAAGUUUCCGUGUGAAAAAUGUUGUUCAGGGAUAACUGGAGCAGACGGCAGCCAAAUGUCCAGAUGUAUACUGGGUGUUGGAUUUGGUGGACCUUCCAAAACUUUCCAAAAUGUUUUCAAUUUUCUGCCUCAAAUGUGAUUCUACUGUAACAUGUUUGAAGGGAGGUAACUGUUGUUAUGUUCAAUAUUUACCAUGGAGAAAAAUAACCUGUUACGCAUGAAUUUUAUUCUAAAUUUACAAUCAAGUUUUCCAUUUUACUUGUUUUCCAUUGAAACCUAAAUAUAUUGAUGGUCCACUCCAGCAAGUUGUCUUUCCCACCGAGCUAUCCAUGACGACUGUUUUAUUAAAAUACCUGUUCCCACCAGAAUGCUUGAUAAUCUUUGGGAUACUUGCUACCUUAUGAAAUACACCUCCUUUCAAAAAGAGUUCCAAAUUAUAAAAUCUAUAUUUACAAUGGAUUUUAAACGCAUUUCAUUACCAUGAAUGUGAAUUAUUUGACAAUUAAUAUUUGAUUAUGCAAAUUUGAAAAAAAAAAAAAUCAAGGGAGAUAAUUUUACUCAAGUUGUUGUAGUUAAGGUAGCAUGUAUCCUUAACUGUUACUUACCCACCAGAGAAGCUUAGUAAGAACCUACUUGACGUUUUGAUGGAAGCAUUCUCUCAGAUGAUCAAUCUCACUAAAAUUAAUAGUAUAUGAAAAUAUUGACUACUUCUUCUACAUCUUCAGUCACAAAUCUGCCCCAGAAAUCCGGCCAUCUCUUAGUCCAACAAUUCAUCAGGCAUACAGAUUAAGUUCUGAUGAGAAUGCAUAAUAUUUGUGUCUGUCAAAAAGAUUUUUAUAAUACUAGGUUGUAUGUUCUAUGGAAAUGUUAGGUUUUGUAGAACUUGGCGUCCGAAGAAUUAACGUUUCUAUUGGUUAAUUAUUCUCAGUGGGACCCAAAACUCUUGAUUUUUGAAAAAAGAAGUAUUAGAAAAAAAAUUGGUAUGUCAUUAGAUCAUUGUUUCUUGGAUGUUUUUUCCAGAGAAACAAAUAUCAGGGAAAUAAAAGAAGUGAAAUUAGAAGUUCAGGAUUGAUGAUAUACAUUAUAACCACAUAGCUAACACAGAAUUGUCCAAUGUCACACCCUCCUACUGUUGAUAAUUACAGUGCAUGAUGUAGUAUCACAGGGAUUUGAUUCUAUAAGAGAUUUAAAUGUUCCAUAUAUUUGUCUAUAUACAAUGUUGUAGAGCUUUGUUUUAUAUUCGUCCUACCGUCUAGUCCCUGUUGUAGGUUAGAUAUUUUAUAGUGAUUGUAGACGACCGUCACAAUCUGAGCCAAAGUCUCCUUAAAUGUCUAUAACUACUUAACUAUGUUAGCUUGUCUGUGAUUUUUUUCACCGUGAAUAUCUCGACUGCCAUACCUUAGAAUAUAUGGUUUUGUUACAUUUUCUCUAUUAUGUUUUAUUUUUUAUCAUCAUAUGCCAAAAUGUUUUUAUUUGGUAUAUUUUUUCAACCAAAAAUCAUUUAUGGCCAUAUAUUCCAGUUCCUAUUGCCUAAAUGUUCAUGGCCUGUAUGUACUCAAAUUUACUGUUUUUCGUUUUUUGUAAGUUUUUCUUCUGCAUAACUUACAUACUGUACGUUAAAUGUCAUUGUAAACUAGACCUCACCAUAUUUGUGAUCUACAAAGAGAGCGAAGAUUACCAGGAAAGGGGCCCACCUUGAAAUACAUGUUUGUUACAGGUUAACAAUAAGAACAUAUUUGUUACAGACUGCUUGAAGGGUUAUCUCCCCUGCAUGACUGAUUAUCUCCCCUUCCUCGAAUGGUUAUCCCCCCUGCCUGGUUAUCUCCCCUACCUGAAGGGUUAUCUCCCCUGUCUGACUGGUUAUCUCCCCUGACUAAGGAUAAAUCUUUAAAAAAAAUCCAUCAUAUUCACAUUAAAUACUGCUUUGAUAUACAUGAACAUCAUUGUAAACUGUUGUGAGCAUAUUAUAUGUAACAACAAGACCGGAUCUUCCUGCCCCUGGACCGUACAUGGAAGCUGCCAUUUUUAGUUCACCCGAGACCACAAUGAUGUAUUCUUAUUUCCAUUUGUUCAUCGCCGUCCCCUGUCCAUCCAUAAAAAAAUACAUUUUCGACUUCUCAGACACCCCUGAACCAAUUAUAAUGAAAUUUUGCAGAAACCUUCAAUAAUCAAAUAUCAACCAAAAUUGUGAAUUAUAUGGUCCCCCAUAUAUGUCCAUGAAACAUACAUCUGUUAAAAGUUCUGGUGUGUAAAAGAAUGAAAUAGCUACUGCCAUUUAGACAAUACCAUCCAUUAGAGUUUUAUGGUGAUUUGAGAAUUUAUGCUCUCUACUUUAGGAACUGAUGAGAUUUCUUAUUUUUUAAACACUGGGUACUCACACUUAGGUCUAUUGAUGCUGAUGAUGCUGAUGUCCUGAAUUUAAACUAUCAAAAUGUUUUAUUGAUACCCAUUAAACUCAUUGAUCAGUCUAAAACAGCUUGAUACCAGUUAACAAAAUUCAGUAUAUUUCUGGGUAAAAUCUUGACGACAUUCGAAACAUUCCAGCUUUAAACGUAUUUUACCUCACAGUGAUGACCAUUUCCAUUCCUUCAACAAAAAUUUUGAUAAGAAACAUGUUAAGAUCAAUCAAUGUUUUAAAUAUUUGACAUUUCUCCUCGUUUGGCUGAUCUAUGUGUUGUUUUCAUAGUAUUUUUUCGUUUCAUCAGGGAAGUUUAAAUCUAGAUAUCUUUAAAAUGCUUUUAUGUUUUAGAUCUUUAGCCAAGCUGGGUCAUUUCGUAAAUAAAAUUUAUUAAUAUUUGAGGUGAGGAUAAGGUCAAAUUCUAGAUAAAUGCAAAUGUGUCCAUGAAUUGGCUUGAGUAUAUGAUAUUGUUAGUUCAGAUAUAUAUUUCUGUCCGUAUGACCUUGUUAAUCACUGGGUGAUCAGGAUAAGUAGAUUUUUUUCUGAGGUCUCCCUUUUACCGCUCCGACCCCCAUAUCACCAAUCACUGCCUCUCCAAAAUUUCAACAAAACUUGGGUUUUUUCCAAUGUUUCAAAUUAUGGGAUAGAAGUACUUGUGGCCAGGGAAAUUGUUAACGUUUGUCGUCUUGCGCCGUCCGUAAACUUUUCACAUUUCAAACUUCUCAAGUUCUACCAGUGGGAUUCAGCUCUAACUUACCUGAAAUGAUCCUGAGAUGGUCGUGACAAAAUUU